AUGUCGCCAGCCGGUGGUGCAGGAAAAGCCCCAAGACUCGGGUUCCUCGAAGCCAUGGAAAUGUCUCGCCUCCCCGACGACAGCGGCAACUCCAGCGACACGCAUCGCUUCAUGAGCCAUCGACCAGCAUGGCAGCCCGGCGCAGAGCUCCCGUGGGACAGGGCAGACGUCCCCAAGGAGGCGAAGAGAUUCUAUAACCCAAAGGCGUAUGGAGGGAAUGUUUACGUCCAGGCGCCGCUGGCUGCUGCUCGAAUCGUGGAAGCAGAGGAGGAGGAGGCGGCGACAAAUAAAACGCAAGAUACUAACGGGAGCAAGUUUGGGAUCCAUUCAAUACAAGGCGUAUUCACAUACGGAGGAUACGUAGACCGGCCCUUCAUCUACUCCAUAUCCAAGCUCUCAUCCGGCCGCUCCUUUCAAACGCUCCUCGUCACAGUCCGCCAACCAAAACACCCCUCAGCAACCCCCUCAGGCCCCUUUCCCCUGUCCGACGCAAACCUCCCUCUCGGUCCCAUCUGCUUCAGCUGCCACGUCACGUUCAAGCGUCCCGUGUCAAACUUUGCCGACCAGCAACUGACCUCUGCGCAAGAGCGUUUUGCGCACAUCCUUUCGCAGAGAAGACCCGACGAGUGGGAGGCGAGUCCCCAGCUAGACUUGGACAUCCUCAAUGAUCUGUUUCCGAAUGAGGGCCACGGCGCGUUCCCCAUCGUGGACAUGUACAAGGUAGACAUGUCUUCCUGGAACGCCGACAAGCCUAUCCCUGAACGCCGUGAAUUACUUCUGUAUAAGCUGCACAAGCCUGUUCCCCCGGAAGACGCAAACGCGCAUAUCCUCUGCCACGCAUUCGAAGCUGACCGGAACGGACUCCUCACAAUAGGGAAUCACCUUGGAUGGGGCUAUAACCUGGGUGUUGCGGCGAGCCUGAGCUACAUGUUCCUUGUGCAUGUCAACGCGGAGGAGGCGGUGAUGAAGGACGGAUGGUGGAUCCAGGAGGUGUGCUGGCCGCGGAUGAGUGCUGGGAGAGCGGUGUUGGAGAGCAGGAUAUGGAGUCCGGAGGGGAAACACGUUGCGAGCGGGUAUCAGGAUGGGAUUUCGAUGCCUCAUCGGCAGGGGAAGAGGGGAGCUGAGAAGUUAUAG